GAGAAAGGAGGAGCGUGAGGCCGCGCACGCUGCGUUCCCAGGAGGCUGUGCGGCGCACGCUCCUUCUGGGGUCCGGCGAACCGCGCGUGAACGGCUUUCCCGGUGCAGCCAUGGCGCUUCACGUCCCCAAGGCCCCGGGCUUCGCGCAGAUGCUCAAGGAGGGAGCGAAGCAUUUCUCAGGACUGGAAGAGGCCGUGUACAGGAACAUACAGGCCUGCAAGGAGCUAGCACAGACCACGCGCACUGCGUACGGACCGAACGGAAUGAACAAAAUGGUUAUCAACCACCUGGAGAAGCUGUUUGUGACAAAUGAUGCAGCGACCAUUUUAAGAGAGCUGGAAGUGCAGCACCCUGCCGCCAAAAUGAUCGUGAUGGCCUCACACAUGCAAGAGCAGGAGGUUGGCGACGGCACAAACUUCGUGCUGGUGUUUGCGGGCGCGCUGCUGGAGGCUGCCGAGGAGCUCCUGCGGGUCGGCCUGUCGGUCUCAGAGGUCAUUGAAGGUUAUGAAAUAGCCUGCAGGAAAGCCCAUGAGAUUCUUCCCAGUUUGGUUUGCUGUUCUGCAAAAAAUCUCCGAGAUGUUGAUGAGGUCGCGUCUCUACUUCACACGUCCAUAAUGAGUAAACAAUAUGGUAACGAAGUCUUUCUGGCCAAGCUCAUUGCUCAGGCGUGUGUAUCAAUUUUUCCUGAUUCUGGCCACUUCAACGUUGAUAAUAUCAGAGUUUGUAAGAUUCUGGGCUCCGGCAUCUGCUCCUCUUCAGUCUUGCAUGGCAUGGUUUUUAAGAAGGAAACGGAAGGCGAUGUGACAUCGGUCAAAGAUGCAAAAAUAGCAGUGUACUCCUGUCCUUUUGACGGCACCAUCACAGAGACGAAGGGAACCGUGCUGAUAAAGACGGCCGCAGAGCUGAUGGACUUCAGUAAGGGAGAAGAGAGCCUCAUGGACGCCCAGGUCAGGGCCAUCGCUGACACCGGUGCGAACGUCAUCGUCACGGGCGGCAAGGUGGCGGACAUGGCCCUUCACUAUGCAAACAAGUACAACAUCAUGCUGGUGAGGCUGAACUCGAAGUGGGAUCUCAGGAGGCUGUGUAAGACGGUUGGCGCUACGGCGCUGCCUCGGCUGACUCCUCCCGUUGUUGAAGAAAUGGGACACUGUGACAGCGUGUACCUCUCAGAAGUUGGAGACACGCAGGUGGUGGUCUUCAAGCAUGAGAAGGAAGAUGGUGCCAUUUCUACCAUAGUGCUUCGCGGCUCCACAGACAACCUCAUGGACGACGUGGAGAGGGCGGUAGACGAUGGUGUGAAUACUUUCAAGGUUCUCACGAGGGACAAGCGUCUUGUGCCUGGAGGUGGAGCCACAGAAAUCGAGUUAGCCAAACAGAUCACGUCAUAUGGAGAGGCGUGUCCGGGACUUGAGCAGUACGCCAUCAAGAAGUUUGCAGAGGCCUUGGAAGCGAUUCCCCGGGCCCUGGCAGAGAACUCGGGGGUUAAGGCCAACGAGGUCAUCUCCAAGCUCUAUGCAGUACAUCAGGAAGGAAAUAAAAACGUUGGCUUGGACAUUGAGGCUGAAGUUCCUGCUGUGAAGGACAUGCUGGAGGCCGGGGUCCUAGACACUUACCUGGGGAAAUACUGGGCCAUCAAACUGGCUACGAACGCCGCCGUCACCGUCCUCAGGGUGGAUCAGAUCAUCAUGGCAAAACCAGCUGGGGGGCCCAAGCCUCCCAGUGGGAAGAAAGACUGGGACGACGAUCAGAACGACUGAGCGGGCGGCUCUCACCCGGGUGGCGUAGAGCUCCCAGAGUUGGCGGGUGCUUUCCUGUCCGUAAAUUGUCUCCUCGGCUGCGUGAUACAGUAAACACGUUGUUAUCAAAGC